AUGUCUUCCAAAACACAUCCUCGGGAAGGACUCAUCCUAUCUCUCAACUCGGGCUCUUCGUCUCUUAAGAUUUCUCUUUAUCGCCUCUACGACUCACCCGCAUCCACCAAACCUGUCCCGAGUGACCCAAUCGUAAACCCAAUCGAGCUCAUUCUCACCUCCUCCAUCUCGUCUAUCACAACUUCCCCAACGUUCUCAUUCUCUUCGGCAUCUUCCUCUGAUGUACGGACUGCGAAAGACGAGCCAUUGCAGGGCAACGUCAAGGACCACGCCACCGCUUUCGCACACUUUCUCGAAUACAUGAAGAACGAGGCAGACAUAGAUAGGAAGAGUAUCGCACAUGUUUGUCAUAGAAUUGUCCACGGAGGAGAUUAUUCUGAGCCCGUUAUAAUCAAUAGCGAGUCGUAUCACCAUAUCGAGGCUCUAACCGACCUUGCACCCUUACAUAACGGUGCCGCCCUCUCAGUCAUCAAAGCCUCCAUAGACGAGCUUAAACACGCAAACAACAUUGCCUACUUCGAUACCACAUUCCAUCAGGACAUUCCGGCCUACAUAUCGUCCUACGUCAUCGACCCAAAGAUCGCAAAGCCGAAGGGUCUGAGGAAAUACGGCUUCCACGGUUUGAGCUAUGCCUACAUCGUCCGCACCGUCUCCCAAUAUCUCCAAAAACCUCCUUCACAUACCAACCUAAUCCUCCUCCACCUCGGCUCCGGUGCCUCCAUCUGCGCCAUCCGCAAUGGCAAAUCCCUCGACACUUCCAUGGGCCUCACUCCAGCCUCCGGACUCCCCGGGGCCACCCGCUCCGGCGACAUCGACCCUACGUUAAUAUUCCACUACACGCAUCGCGCGGCGAAGAUCAGCCACGACAAGAAAGGUGCAGUGGACGUGGGGGUGACGCAGGCUGAAGAGAUCCUCAAUACCAAAGCGGGCUGGAGCUCUUUAGUGGGGAGCAGCAAUUUCGCUGAAAUCACCGCGAAGCUCGAUGACCCUUCUGAGUCUUCGCCGGAAGUGGAGAACGCAAAGCUGGCUUUUGAGAUUUUCGUCGAUCGAAUCUUGAACUAUCUCGGCGCGUAUUACCUCAAACUAGGCGGCGACGUCGAUGCGCUGGUGUUCUCUGGCGGGAUAGGCGAGAAGAGCUCAGAGUUGAGGGCGGAGGUCGCGAAGAGGUGUGCCUGCUUGGGGUUUGCGGUGGAUGAGGGCAAGAAUGGUGAGGUGGCGGAGAAGGAGGGGGAACUCGAGAUGGCGAGGGAGUGUGCACUGGAACCGAAGUUUUGGAAGUAA